AUGUGCAUCGACAUGCGAGAACCCAACACAGCAAUCACGCGCGUUCGUCAUGUCAUGCCUACCGCAGAAGACAUAGUAAACAUACUAAACGGAGCUGCAUACUUCUCGAAGCUUGACCUCAAUGAGGGCUACCACCAGCUUGAAUUAAACGAAGAGUCAAGAGUCAUAACCACUUUCGCCACACACUGCGGUCUCAGAAGAUAUAAACGAUUACUCUUUGGUGUGAAUGCCGCAGCAGAAAUAUUCCAGGACGCAAUCAGACAAGUCCUGCCAGAUGAAGAUGGCAUCAUCAACGUGAGCGACGAUAUCCUAGUGUCAGGGCGCACAAUCCAAGAGCACGACCACCGUCUGCGCUUAGUGCUGAAACGUCUUGAAGAUGCAGGACUCACACUCAACAAGAAAAAAUGUGUCAUCGGUACUCGAGUCCUCAAAUUCUUCGGACACGUGUUUUCGGCCGAGGGAGUGAGUGUAGACCCAGACAAAGUAGCAGCAGUAGCUGAAAUGACACCGCCGAGAAACCCGACCGAAGUCAGGAGCCUUCUCGGAAUGGUUAAUUACUGCGGCAGAUUCAUCCCUCGCCUGGCCGAACUCGUAGAGCCCCUGAGAAGCCUGACACACAGAGACGCCGAAUUCUCCUGGACAACAAAACACCAAGAGGCACUCGACAAAGUGAAGGGGGCCAUGUCCCAAGCGCACACUCUGGCGUACUUUGACGACAGCAAAGACACAUAUCUCCUCACCGAUGCAGGACCUGAUGGAUUAGCCGGCGUUUUGGUCCAAGAAAGAAAAAGGGACAAGAUACCCAGUAUCUUGGGGUACUACAGCAGAGCACUGAACCCGACUGAGAAGCGAUAUCCUCAGAUUGACAAGGAAAUGCUUGCGAUUGUAUCGGCUAUCGAACACUUCCGAGUAUACCUCGCUGGGGGACACUUCACAGUAAAGACAGACCAUCUACCGUUGGUGUCCAUCCUGAGAAACCCCAGUGCAAAACUGUCAGCAAGACUGGAACGUUUAAGCCUCCGAUUGCAACACUACCUGUUCGAGAUCCAGCACAUCCCGGGAAAGGACAAUCCUGCGGAUUAUUUGUCCAGGCAUCCGCCUUGCUCACCGCAAGAAAUCAAGCUGUACCGAGAAACAGACGCAGUUGAAGAAUACAUCUCCUUUGUAAUGAAGGCAGCCACGCCAAACGCACUAACCGUGCACGACAUCGAAGAUGCAUACAAGAACGAUGCGCAGAUGAACAGUUUAAUCAGCGCACUACGGGCAGCUGAUCGAAAGUCUCGUGAACGCCUGUGGAAAGAUGAAAAGCUAAAACCUUUUGCCCAAAUCAAGGAUGAGCUAACUGUCACUGACAGCAACAUAGUCCUGAGAGGAACUCGUCUGGUGAUCCCUGAGAAAGCCCAAAUGCAGGUCAUCCACCUUGCCCACCAGGGACACCAGGGUCUGGUGAAGACUAAACAGCUGAUACGAGAGAAAGUGUGGUUUCCAGGCAUAGACCAGAAGACGGAGGCCCUGAUCAAGAGAUGCGCAGCCUGUCAAACAACUGUCGAGGAGAAAAGGGUUUCGCCCCUGAUGAUGACUCCACUACCCGAUGGGCCAUGGCAGUCACUUGCAGCAGACUUUGCAGGACCCUUGCCAGGAAACAGCUACCUGCUGGUGGUUGUGGACGAGUACUCACGAUUCCCCAUCGUUGCGACGUUGUCUUCACUGACUACCACAGCGGUAACGGCAAAACUCAACGAUAUAUUCGCAGUACACGGCUUACCACAUGUACUGAAAACAGAUAACGGUCCACCAUUCUUCUCGAAAGAAUUCGCAAGCUAUCUGAGCCAAAAUGGCAUACGUCAUCACCGUACCACCCCACUGUGGCCGCAAGCAAACGGUGAAGCAGAGAGAUUUAUAAGAAGUAUCAAGAAGACCGUGAAGGCGGCUGGCGCCUCCGGAAGCAACUGGAAAGAAGAAAUCAGCAACUAUCUCCUGAACUACAGAGCAACGCCACACUCCACGACUGGCGUUACUCCAGCAGAACUUCUGUUCGGCAGAAAAAUUCGAACAAGAAUUCCUGAGAUACCAGAAAAGAAACCCCAUGAGAAGCUGGAAAAGAGAGACCGGGAGAAGAAGGAGCAAAUGAAAGCAUAUGCAGACAAGCAGCGUCAUGCAGCGCACCAUGAACUUCGACAAGGAGAUACUGUGCUACUGAAACGGCAGUCGCCACUGUCGUGUGAGUCUGCAUAUGACCCUCGACCCUACCGAGUCAUCAGGGUCCAGGGAACAGCGAUCACCGCCGAACGCGACAACAAGAAAAUUGUCAGGAAUGCCUCAUUCUUUAAACGCGUUCCUGAAAUCCCCUCUCAGGAUUCGGACGAGUGGCAAACAGCGGAGCACCCUGCCCAUACAGCUGUUCCUCCUGCCAACGCAGAAGAUAGCACCAGCCCUUUUGAUGCGAGCCCGGAUCAACGCACAACCGGCAGCCAUACCACAGCAGCAGUGACAAACUGCCGUAGUUCCGAACGUGCAAAUCGCGGAAAACCGCCUACAAGAUUUGCAGACUACUUCUUUAUGUGA